AAUGCUUAAUAUAAAGAGCAUGAGAAAAAAAUCUCCGCCAUUUUUAAUCCAACAACUUAUUUCUUCUCAUCUUCGAAUUUGCUGCUAUGGCUACUUUCUGUAGACUGCGAUCACUUCUGGGUCUCCAGAAAAUGGUUUGUUCAGUUUCGCCAUUUUAUCCGAUGCGUAGUUAUUCUUCUUCUUCUUUUGGUAGAAUUGGAUUUAUAGGACUCGGAAACAUGGGAGCAAGAAUGGCUGAUAGCUUGAUUAAAGAUGGAUAUGAGGUUGCAGUACAUGACAUAAAUCAUAAUGUUAUGAAGAUGUUCUCGGCCAAAGGCGUUCUCACAGAAGAUUCGGCUUUGAAAGUUGCAGAGACAAGUGAUGUAGUUAUUACAAUGUUACCGUCAUCAAACCAUGUUCUGGAUGUCUAUACUGGAAAGAAUGGUUUUCUUACUGGUGGUAGUCUACUCAGACCAAGGCUAUUUAUUGAUUCUUCUACAAUUGAUCCUCACACAUCAAGAAAGGUCUCUGCAGCUGUGUCUAAUUGUUCUUUGAUAGACAACAGAGAUGGCUGGAAGGCUCCUGCUAUGUUGGAUGCUCCUGUAUCUGGCGGUGUUCUUGCUGCAGAGGAUGGGACUCUUACUUUCAUGGUUGGUGGUCCAGAGGAGGCUUACUUAGCUGCCAAACCCUUGUUUCUAUCGAUGGGCAAAAACACUAUCUACUGUGGUGGAUCGGGGAAUGGUGCAACUGCAAAGAUCUGCAACAAUUUGGCAAUGGCUAUUAGUAUGCUGGGGGUGUCUGAAGCCUUUGCUCUUGGUCAGUCUUUGGGAAUUGAAGCUAGCACUCUAACAAAAAUAUUCAAUUCUUCAAGUGCUCGCUGUUGGAGUAGUGAUGCAUAUAAUCCAGUGCCUGGGGUGAUGGAUGGAGUGCCUUCUUCAAGGAAUUAUACUGGAGGUUUUGCGUCUAAGUUGAUGGCUAAAGAUUUGAACCUUGCUGCAGCAUCAGCAAAAGAUAUUGGAUUCAAGUGUCCCUUGACAUCACAAGCGGAAAAGAUCUUCACAGAGCUCUGCAAUAACGGUCAUGAGGCAAAGGAUUUCUCUGGUGUAUUUCGGUACUAUUACUCUGGAAAGGAUGAGCAGUAAUCCCCUCAGCUAAGGGUAGAUGUGUUGGCAAAGAUUAUGUGCUUGGUAUAAAUGAUACAAAGUCUGUAUAGUUUUUUUUUUCUGUUCUUAAUCCUUUUCUUCUUGCAUUUCAAUAAUUCACUUGGUUGGAGUCGUGUAUAAAUGAUGAACAGUGAGGUGGUUAAUGUACUGAUUUCUUAUUCAACUCCAAUUUCGUGUUCUAUGUGACGAAUUUUGUCAUGUUUA